AUGAACUGGAAGAGCACCACGGCUCUUUUCUGUAUUUAUGGAAUUGUGAAGGAAUUCCGGCCUGCUACUCCUUUCCUAACUCCGUUCCUCAUUUCAAACUAUAAAAAUCUCACACUGGAUGAAGUCUAUGGACAGAUUUUCCCGUUUUGGACCUAUUCUUACAUGUUUUUUCUAGUACCUGUAUUUAUUUUGACGGAUUUACUCCGGUAUAAACCUAUCAUCGUGCUCGAGGGAGCUUGCCUUUCGAUAACAUGGGCACUCCUGGUUUGGGGUGAAGGCGUACGGCAGAUGCAGCUGAUGCAGAUAUUCUUCGGUGAAAACUCUAGUCUUGCGUCAGCAGCCGAAGUUGCUUACUAUUCAUAUAUGUAUGCUGUUGUGGAGGAAGAACAUUAUCGUAAAGUAACUUCAUAUAUUCGAAGUGCUGCUCUUGUAGGGAAACUCUUAGGAUUUCGGUUUAGCUCAAGUAUAUCAUUAGUAGCCGUUUGUAUCGUUUUCUUUAUUGCCAUUGCACUGCCAUCGGUCCCUUCUACGCCUCCUGCUAGUCGAAUUCCAUGUGAACGCCUAGGUGACCUGACAUCUGAAGAAGAAUCUCAGAAGGACAGACUGACGCAGGAAGAAGAAAAUAAGAAGGUCGAGAAGGAUUUCCGAGCGUAUAUUUUAUCUGUUUUGAAAAGCUUUACCAUAUUCAAAGAAAAUAUGACUGUUUUGAAAUGGUCUAUAUGGUGGACUCUGGCAAGCUGUGGUGUUUUCCAGCUCUCUGGCUUGAAAUGCAGCCCUGAUCCGGACAAGGUAGAGAAUGGGCUGGUGGAAUUCUUAAACACACUACUAGGUGCGAUAAUAGCAUUCCUUGUUCAAUUUGCUGCCAUCAACUGGACACGAUACGAAGGGGUCGCUUUGAUUACGUCGUCGGCAUUUGUUGCCAUCGUUCUUGCUGUUGUUUCACAAACGAAACAGAUUCUGGUCGCCUAUGUGGGAUAUAUAUGCGUCACAUCCACGUAUCAUUUGUUGAUUACAGCAGCAAGUUGCAACAUUGCUUGCCAAUUAACAACCGAAAACUAUGGCUUAGUGUUCGGAUGGAAUACUUUCGCAGCAGUUGUGCUACAAACUGCUUUAACUUUAACUGUUGUCGAUUCUCAUGGUCUGAAUCUGAGCAUUAGGACACAAUUUGUUGUGUAUGCUGCAUAUUUCGCUGUUGUGGCUGCUUUAUUCCUGGCGGGUUGCGUUUGCUCAAGAUAUCGAAGAGUUGCUGCGGAGAAGACCGAUUCUACUCAGGAAGAGAGUGAUUAG